UACUGUUUGUAUGAGAAUAACGUUGGAUAUUUAGAUAUCUUUAUACAUACUGUUUCAGUACUUUAUACUGUACAUAGAGCUCUAUGAUAUAGUUUCUGUACCAUUCUAAACAAUCACACACAAACUAGGUUUGCUAGAGUCUGCCAUUUUAAUUUAGCAAAAGUCAUGUUAUAUUUACCUUUAACAUGCAAUAUUCAUAUCUUAUAAUUAUUUAUAACCAUACUCAUAUUGGAUCAGUUCCUUUACCAAAAAGUACUGUGUCAAUGGUGAUGAUUGGUAUUUUGGUAUGAUUGGUAUUAUGAUUACCAUAAAAAACUCCUGGUUAUGCCCUUUUGACAGCUUUUUGUUUGAAUUUUGCCAUUUGUUUGAAUGACUCUUUUUAAUGCUAUUCAAUCUACAGAGAAAGACAGACUACACUACGUAGACGAUUACCAGGACCUCUACACCACCUCAGAGACUCUGGACAUUGAGCUUUUCCAGAUCCCCUCUGUUGGGCUGUUUGCUGCUAUGGCUCAUCAGGCUAACAAACCAGGCUCUGCCAUCUACCGCUGGAACCACGGCCAAUUCCACCUCUACCAGAACAUCAGCACCUUUAAAGCCCAGGCAUGGAAACAGUUCACUAUAGGGAGGAAGAUGUUCUUGGCGGUGUCGAACUCCGUGGGUCCAGUGGACGGAGAGCGAGAGCUAUCUGUGAUCUAUCGGUGGAGUAAUAAGAGGCUGAAGUUUGUGUGUUAUCAGACCCUGGAGACGCACAGUGCUCGUGACUGGGAGGCCUUUCAUAUUAAUAAUGAAGCUUUUUUAGCUGUGGCUAAUCACAGAACAGAGACUGGCAAUCACAACAUUGACAGCAUUGUUUAUAAGUGGAACCCAGGCACCAAGACGUUUGAGGUGAACCAAACCAUCUCGACAUCAGGAGCUUAUGACUGGGAGUUUUUCACCGUAGGACCCUACCACUUCCUAGCAGUGGCCAAUGCAUUUGAUGGCACCUCCACCCAAACAGAUUCAUCCAUCUACAUCUGGCUUGGUGGAGCUUUUCAGCUUUUUCAGACUAUAAGGACAUUUGGGGCUACAGACUGGGAGAUGUUUCAGAUUGGAAACAGAGUCUUCCUAGCUGUUGCCAAUGGACACAUGCUGUGUGAGAGAGGACCAAGCCUCUAUACCAUCAACUCAACUAUAUAUGCACUUGAUGUGACAACCAAGAUGUUCCUCAAAUUCCAAGACAUUGUAACAUACAGUGCGGUGGACUGGGAAUUCUUUUCUGUUGGAGAUGAACACUUCUUAGUCGUAGCCAACUCUUACGAUGGAUCAUCUUACUCUUUGAACAGUGUUAUAUACAGAUGGCAGGGAUAUGAGGGUUUUGUUCCUGUCCAUCGGUUGCCUACUAUUGGAUGCAGUGACUGGGAGUUCUUUACCUCAGCAGAGGGUUCAUACCUGAUGUACUCCAGUGCCAAAGCACCUCUCUCCAAAGUCUUCAAGCUCAGGAUCCACUGAAGCCACAAACAAUAGUUCAGUUUUUGCUUAUUUUUACCACAUGCCACAGAAGUUGAUUGAACUGAAUCGUUCUCUUUCACUAGUGACUUCUGCCUUGAC